AUGAAGCCGGUUGAGCUCCUCACGCUCGCCUCAGUGCUCUCAUAUGGCACCCUCGCCUGCAUAGAACACCUCCUCCAAGAGCGAAUCCCAAGCCCCAACGCCAUGAUCCGCAAACAUGAACCACCCCCCCGAACAAAAACAGCCAUCACAAACGUCCACGUCUUCGACGGCACCAGACUCACUCCCCUGCAAACCAUCAUCAUCGACGGCGAGCACAUCAGCAACGACACCAGCAACAUCCAAACCACCGUCGACGGCAACGGCGGCGUCCUGAUCCCCGGCCUCAUCGACUGCCACGUCCACAUCUCCGACGUCGCCGGCCUCGAAGCCCUGACCUCGUACGGAGUCACCACCGCCAUGGUCAUGUCCUGCCGGAACUACACCCAGUGCGCACCUCUCCGCAACAACCUCCAAGGCGUGGCAUCCUUCGUCUCGGCCGGCAUCCCCGCCACGGGGCCCGGCAGCCAGCAUUCUCGCACCUUCAACCUCACUGCCCCGUACCUCAUCUACCCAGAUGCCAAUGCCACCGAGGUGGUGUCGUACACUUUUGGCAACGGCUCCGACUUUUACAAAAUCACCGCCGAAGCGAAUGGGCCAAGCCAAGCGCUGCAGAACUCGCUGGUGGAAGCCGUUCACAACCUCGGCAAGCAGUCCAUGACGCAUGCUGCCGACCUCGAUGCCUGGACACAAGCAGCCAAGUCCGGAACAGACGGGAUCCAGCAUAUUCCUACAAACGGCCGCAUCAACGCUUCCAAUAUCAUGGCCGUUCGCAAGUCCCCCGCUACGUGGAGCACCCCGACUAUGAAUAUUGCUCGAUAUGCGUUUUCGAACCCUGUACUGUUGCAGUUCACUGGUCAUCAAAUCGGGGGUCCGGACAGCUACGAGAAUGUCUAUGAAAACGUCAAGGCCAUUCACGCUGCUGGAAUCCCGAUUCUAGCAGGCACAGAUGCCGUUGGGACCAUUAAUGCCAACAUUUCGGUCCCUUUUGGUCUCACCUUGCAUUUUGAGCUGGAGAAUCUCGUAGAAGCAGGCUUGACGACGGUGGAAGCCCUACGUGCAGCGACUGAGCUGGCAGCUCAACACCACAGGCUGAAUGAUAGGGGCAGGAUUGCGCCUGGCAUGCGGGCUGAUUUGAUUUUGCUCAACAGCAACCCCUUGGCCAACAUUUCCAACACGCGCGAUAUUGCCAAGGUUCCGGCUUGCUAG